UAAUUAUAUAUAAUGUAAAUACCAAAUUUUAAUUUUCCCCCAAAAGAAUGAGAGCUUGAAUUUCCCUCGAUAAAAGGAAAGGAUUCUGUUUUCCCAACGGCUCCCAACUGUAAUUUGAACAAUGAGCAAUCCCGCCUUCACAGCCCCCCGAAUUACCAUCCAACAGCUUUCUUCACCACCACCACCGCCGCCUUUUCUCCUGUCACCCGCCAACACUAGUUCUCCAGACCGCCGCCACUUCUCCUUGAAAUCCUCCCAAAGCAACAACUCCAACAGUCUUCUUGAAGCCACCACUGCCUCAUGGACUUCGUCCAUAGCCCACCACUGCAAAAGCGGCCGUUUAUCCAAAGCAGUCUUGCAGUUCACCCGCAUGCGGACAUCCGGGGUUGAGCCGAACCACGUAACUUUGGUCACUCUCUUAUCUGGUUGUGCUGAUUUUCCAUCCCAAGGCCUCUCGCUCGGGCCUUCCAUUCACGGGUAUGCUCGAAAAAUGGGGAUGGAUGUUGGCAAUGUGAUGGUUGGGACGGCUUUAAUUGAUAUGUAUUCCAAGUUUGGUGAAAUGGGCUUGGCCAGAUUGAGUUUUUACCAUAUCGGUAUUAAGAAUAAGGUUUCCUGGAAUACUAUAAUCAAUGGGUACAUGAGGCAUGGCGAGUUUGAGAAAGCACUCAAUCUGUUUGAAGAAAUGCCUGAAAAAGAUGCUGUGUCUUGGACUGUCUUGAUUGACGGCUUUGUGAAGAAGGGAAGGUUUGAAGAGGCAUUGAUUUGGUUUCAAGAGAUGCAAUUGUUCGGAAUGACACCCGAUUUUGUGACAAUAGUGUGUGUGCUCUCUGCUAUUGCUAAUCUGGGAACACUCGGUUUGGGCCUGUGGCUACAUCGAUUUGUGCUGAUGCAUGACUUUAGGGAUAAUAUACGGGUUAAUAAUUCAUUGAUAGAUAUGUAUUGUAGGUGUGGAUGCGUUAGGUUAGCUCGUCAAGUAUUUAACAACAUGCCUAAGCGAAGCCUUGUAUCAUGGAACUCGAUCAUAGUGGGCUUAGCAUGUAAUGCUCAUGCUGAGGAAGCUUUGAACUAUUUUCAUUUGAUGCAAAAUGACGGGUUUAAGCCGGACGGUGUGAGCUAUACCGGAGCUCUUACAGCAUGCAGCCAUGCCGGUUUAGAAGAGGAGGGGCUAAAGUUGUUUGAAGCCAUGACACAAGUCCAUAAAAUCGCUCCAAGAAUCGAGCACUACGGAUGCGUCGUAGAUCUUUACAGUCGUGCAGGGAGAUUGAAAGAGGCACUGCUGGUGGUAGAGAAGAUGCCCAUGAAGCCAAAUGAAGUCGUGCUCGGGUCUCUGUUGGCAGCAUGUAGAACUUGUGCAGAUGUCGACUUGGCUGAGAGGCUGAUGAACUACAUCUAUGAUUUGGACCCGAAUGGAGAUUUCAAUUACGUUCUGCUGUCAAAUAUUUACGCAGCAAAAGGAAGUUGGCAAGGGGCGAGCAACGUGAGGAAGAAAAUGAAGGCACAUGGAGUACAAAAGAAGCCUGGAGUCAGUUCCAUUGAGGUUAAUGGCAUCAUUCAUGAAUUCGUGGCUGGUGAUAAAUCUCAUAUUGAUGCAGAGACAAUCUUUAUGACACUCAAGAAAUUGUCACAUGAGCUGAGAAUAUCUGGGCUUGCUUCAGAAGUUAACUUCCAGGAAGCAUAUGAAUGUUACUGAUAUUAGCAAUCCAUAUCUCCUGUGAAUGCUGUGUACAUUUAUCAAUAAACACCAAGACCAAUUCACCCAUUUCCAAAUCAAACUCGAAGCUAUAUAUGUGAGUUUUUCUUUUUCUUUUCAAUUAUUUAU